UCGUAUGCUCGUACCUUCCAGUUUCCUUUUCGCUGCUUGCGUCGACGUGCACGUUUUCUCGCACGGAAACGCGCGACAGGGUAGUAUCCCUCUUUCUUAGGAUACCUACCAACCCCCCUCGUGUAUCCAACAGAUCUUAGCCUUCUCUCUUUCUCUUUCUCUGUUGGGACAUAUCCAAUUUUAUCGUAGGAUCAUCAUUCGACCGCUAACUCACAUUCUUCUUUGACAAGCCUCAAUGAUUUACCAUUACUCGGAAAGAUGAUCUUUUCUAAAGAAAAGGAUACAACUCAAAUGAAGCUUCAAUGUCGACGAAGAAGAACGGAAAGUGAAAAAAGUGUUGAUGGAUUUUGGAUUAAAUCAAUAUCAUUAUCAUCAUCAUUAUUAUUAUCGCCGUCAUCGUCGUCGUCGUCGUCGUCGUCGCCGUCGUUGUCUCGUCAUUCGUGUUCUUGUAAUUCACCAGGAUAUUCGUAAAAAAAAUUUGUUUAAUGAUCGGAGAAUGAUCGAUCGAAAAUAACGAUCGAAAUGAUUAUUGUCGCUUGAAAAUUAUCAAAGAUUGUGACAAGAUCAAGUGAGAGAGAGAGAGAGAGAGAGAGAGAGAGAGAGAGAGAGAGAGAAAGAGAGAGGAAGUGAAGAAGAGUAAGAGAAGGAAAGAAAUCUUGAAAAUGAGCUUCUUCAAUUCUCUCCAGCAAUACGUGAGCGACAGUGUGGCGAGCUUCAAUCUCAGCCCUAAGAGAUUCUCCUUCAGUCGAGAGGACUCUGCUAGUACGACAGGUAGAAGCGGUUCUAGCGGAAGUAUCGUCAAUGACAAUUCGAGUACACAUCAAUCGACUCCUCAUGGCUUUCCCAAGGUGGUACCACCGCCAGGAACGACACUUUCUACAUCCUCACAAGUUCGUUCACUUUCAAGAAGACGUACUCUUGACAGUUCGGUUCCGUCGGGAUUGAGCGUUCAUCCUGCACAAGCAGCAGCAGCAGCAGCAGCAGCCGCUGCGAAUGAUGGUUUGGUUUGUGGUUCUGUUUGCGGUCAAAGUUCUGGAAAUUCCCCUUCACCUCGAAGAGUUGGUUCCUUUCGUCGAAGUACCGCUGGAACGAGUUCAGAUAGACCACCACUCAUGUUUUGUCGUCGUAGACCAUCCUGGCCAGAAUUUGACAUACAAGCUACUUCUGGUGUUCAAGAAACAGAUGGCUCAUUUUUCGAGAGUUUCACUGCUUUAUCGUGGAGACAAGAAAAUCGUAGACUGGUGGCACUUCAAGAAGUUGAAGCUCGUGCCAAGGAUGCACCACCAUCUUCCGGAGAUGUCAAUAUAAAUUCUUAUCUUUCUCGUCGAAUCAACAAAGAAGAGAUCGAAAAAUUAUACGUCGAAGUUUUGUAUACGAUCGCGAAUACUGUGGGAGCAAGUACGGGUCAGUACGCACACUAUAAAGAAGACCUUUAUGGUUACGCUCAGGAAGCGUUUGGUAUACCGCAGGAUCAACAUCGACGAUACCUUGAUAUUGCUUCGAAAGAGAAGCCCCCUAUAGUGGUUCUAAGUGUAAUAGUUAUCGAAGCUGAAGGAUUAGAAGCUAAAGACGCUAACGGUUACAGUGAUCCAUACUGUAUGUUGGGCAUACAACCUGGCAAUACGAGCGCACCACUGAGCCCACAAACAAAUUUAUCGGCUCAUUCUCCUCACACACCUCCAGCUUCACCGAGACAAGCGGCUCGUGCAUUAUCCGAUGGUGGUGAAAACGAUAAUUCCCAUCACGAAAAGCUUCGAAAACAUCAUAGUUUCAGAUUAUCAUUCAAACGUAAAGAGCAUACCAGCAGACGAGAACAUCGAGAAUCUUUUAGCGGAGCGGUUCCUGCCAAAUUUAUUCGUGCUACCACAGUGAAACCGCACACACUCAGUCCUCAAUGGAGAGAAAAAUUUCGCUUUGACAUCGAUGAUAUCAGCACGGAUAUCUUGCAUCUCGAUAUAUGGGACCACGACGACGAAUCUUCGGUAUUCGACGCCGUAAGUAAAUUGAACGAGGUACGAGGUGUUAAAGGUCUUGGAAGAUUUUUCAAACAAAUAGCACAAAGUGCACGUUCCGGUAGUCAAGAUGAUUUCUUAGGUUGCGUCAAUAUUCCACUUCAGGAUAUUCCAAGCACGGGAUUGGAAAGUUGGUAUAGACUCGAAGCAAGAACGCAAAGGAGCAACAUACAAGGUAGAAUUAAAUUAAAGUUGUGGUUAUCAACAAGGGAAGAUAGAGGAACAUCCGAAGAAGAUAAUUGGGCUGAACUUAGACAACAGGAAAGACUUUAUACCGUGUUCCUUGAUCACGAAAUGAACAAACAAGGGGAAAACUUCACAGGUGAAUUACCAUUAACUGCACUGACAAUUCUUCAUCAACACGCAGUGCAAGGUGACGUCACAGAAUUGCAACAAGCAAUGAUCAAAUGGAUAGCAAGUUCAAAACAUCCAGGUGUCGAUAUGAAAGUUUUACAUCGUCUUCUUCAGGAAAUGGAUAGUUUAUGGCAUUUGAAAAAAACGGAAACUUCAUCGCGAGACGAAGAACAAUCUUUGGCAGAUUCUUUCAAUGAUUUUAUAGAAGUAUCAUUGAAAAAAAUUCAACAACAUCGUACGUUAUAUCCACCAUUGCAUCGAUUAUCGAUCUCCAAACUCGAAAAUUUACUUAGAUGUUUGGGUCUUUUGUCAAACAUGAACGCAUUUUCGUUAUGUUGUCCAUUUAACAAGGAAAUAAGAGUUGAAAUUGUAACAGCCCUUAAAAAGGGAACUUACGAGUGGUACGAGAAUGUACGACAUCAAACAAUGUAUCAUGAUCAAGAACCUGAUCAAGAUGCGGAUCGUGUAUUGCAAGAUUUUACAAAUUUAGUCACGGCACUAUUGGUCGAUUUGGAACAGGGUCGUAUGUAUUAUAAUGUUCUAUUUGAAAGUACAAACGGUGUACCAUAUUUUUCGAUAGUUUACAAGCAGUUGGAAAAAUUGCUGGCGGAACACGUGACGAAACACAUGGAGAACACUUCCGAGAUUCAAAAUGAACUCGGUGCAAGAGUCACUACAGCUUGUCUUCAAAUUCAUGGACAAAACAGCGAUGUAGAUUACGUUUUACCACCAGGUGCAGAAAUUGGAACAGCAAUUUUUGAAUUUUAUCUAGCAUUGCAAAAUUUUGUCAGUAUGAAGGAAAAGUUACCAUUGUCUGAUCAGAAAUCUCUGAUAAUUUGCAAAUAUUAUGAGUUAUUUAGACCAGCAGUUGACAAAUGGUUGGAUUUAGCAAAACUGAAAGCAUUUCAAAGAAUUCGAAGAGCUACAGAAUUGGAUCGAAUUUGUACAGGUGAUUUUAUAGUAAAACACUGUACAUCUGCAAUCGAUGCUACUGCGUGCUUUUAUCAGAUCAAAGAAUUUUGGAAAAAAUUAGCAUGGCCAGAUCUCGUUGGAUCGUACAGUUUCGUUUCAAAAGUUAUUGAUGCUAUCUGUACUCCUGCUAAUCACUAUGCCGAAAUAAUACAUCAAAAAUUAGCAGACAGUGGAUAUUAUGACGAUCAGACACCAUACAAAACUACAGAUGAGAUGUGCGUAGCUUUAAACGGUUUAGAAUAUGUAAGAAGAUGGUUAUUAGAUCUCGGAGAAGAACUUAAGGUUGAGGAAAUUCUCACUGAAUUGGAAAAUCAAGCUGGAGAUUCUGUUAGAGUGCAAUGGAGAAAUGUAUUGACUUUACCAUUGGAACAAACACCGGGACAAAUGUUACUUUUCAUUAAUCAAAUUGUUUCGAGAAUUGGCACGAAGAUGAGACCAUCUUUGAAGAAAUCAAUGUUUCAUCUUGCCUGGUCACCGGAUAGUUUACCAACAUCAGAAGCAAUCAAUCCUUUAUUGGAAUAUUUGGAUAUGCAUUUGGUUGCACUUAAUUCAGCUCUUUUAGCAGUCAAUUUUACGCGUGUCUUACAGGACGUUUGGGAGGUUGUUCUCAGUGAAUUGAGCAAUCAAAUGGAUGGAAAUGCAGGAGACAAGCCAUCUGUAUUUUACGAAAGAUUGCACGAAGCACUUUUACUAUUGACCAAAUUUUUUCAUGCUGAUGAAAAGGGUCUAUCUUUAGGGAUACUUCAUAGUCGUAACUAUUUAAAUGUGGAGGAACGAUUAAAGUAUCAUACAAUGGAUACGAAUUAUCUUAUCAAUCGUUACUAUUAUCAACGACUUCAGGACCAAUUGAAUACCGUGACAUCCGAGUAUGGUGUUUUGACAGUAAGAGCAUAUUUGAAUCACGAUUCGCUUUGUGUAGAAGUGAUCAAUGCUAGAGACGUAAUACCGUUAGAUCCAAAUGGUUUUAGCGAUCCAUUUGUAAUUAUUGAAUUAUUACCACGAAAAGUAUUUGAACAUUGUGCUGAACAACAAACUAACGUUAAGAAAAGAACUUUGAAUCCGAUGUUCGACGAAUGCUUCGAAUUUUCGGUAAGCGUGGAACAAUGUCAAAGUCCUGACGCUAUAGUAUUAUUUACUGUAAUGGAUCACGAUGUACUCACAGCUAACGAUUUUGCUGGUGAAGCAUUUUUGGGAUUAAGCACGAUACCAGGUGUAGCUGACACUAAUACCAGUAUAGAUAAUUUUCAUGGCCUCAAACAUACUGAGUUACCAUUAAUGCACCAAAAAAAUCGAAACCAUCCAAUUCUUCAAAUUUUGGAAACAAGAACAGGUGAUAAACUAGCCCUCGAUUUCGUAAAGAAACAAAAACAACGAUUCGCCACAUCAUAAAAAUGUUGGCAUCACACUAAUGAAUAAAAAUCUAUCAAAUACACAGGUGAAGAAGAGAUGAUAGAAGAUAAUAUAUCAACAUGGAGAUUAUGAAUGAACUAACGAAAAAGAACUUAACUCGUUUAUGAUAUCCUUCUCUCUGGAUAUUUAACGUAAAUUUAUCCCAAUGUCCUGUGUAAAAUCACGUGUUUGAAUUUAUAAAUCAAUGUUUGAUAAGAAAGCGAAGCAAAAAAAAAAGAAUGAAAAUAGCAUCGAGAAAAAUUUAUUUUUCUGUUUUGGAAGAAGAAGAAGA